AUGUCCGACAACAUCAAGGUCUCUGUAAGGCUACGAAAGCCUCUAGAAAGGGAGAGCGCUGAGAGAGUAAUAGCCCAGGUCGUGUCAGAAAAUCUGAUAAAAGUCGAGCAGCGUGCUAAGCGGGAGGAGACAAGGAACUUCGAAUUCGAUCUUUGUUGCACCUAUUCUGAAUCACUAGAAGAAGAUCAGGCACAACUUUAUGAGCAACUGGCGCGUGACUAUCUCCUCCAUGCCUUAGAUGGCUAUAAUACCUGCAUAUUCGCGUACGGUCAGACGGGGUCGGGCAAAUCACAUACUAUGACGGGUUCUGCGGAGCUCCCCGGCAUCGUCCCUCGAAUGUGCCAAGAGCUAUUUGAAGUGCGCGAAAUGUACGAAUCAUCGGAUGACCAGGCGUCUACACAAUUCAAAAUCCGAUGCUCAUACUUAGAGAUUUACAACGAAACGGUUCGGGAUCUACUGGGAGCUAACAAGUGCAGGAUACGUGAGAGAGCAGACAAAACAACAUUUGUAGAGGGUCUUCAAGAGUUUGAAGUGAACAGCGUUGAUGAAAUCUUGGACUACCUCAGACAAGGCAGUGAGCGAAAGACCGUUGGUGCGACCUUAGUCAAUGAACAGUCCAGCCGAAGCCACACCAUAUUUACCAUCAACGUCGAGCAGAAAGAAAAUUCUCCAUUAGGACAUGUUUUAGAGCGUCGGUCUAGCAUAAGGCUUAUUGAUUUAGCAGGAAGCGAGCGUGCCAAUGCCUCAGGAGCAACCGGUGAGCGCUUGAAAGAAGGCUCUAACAUCAACAAAUCUUUGAGCACUUUAGGAAGAGUGAUUGCCAUGCUCGCUAAGAAAAAGCAGCCACGGUUGAUUCCAUACCGAGAUGCCGCAUUAACUUGGGUAUUGAAGGAGAGCUUGGGCGGAAACAGUAAAACAUGUAUGAUCGCUUGCGUAUCUCCGUGUGAUUUCGAGGAAACAAUGUCCACCUUAAGGUACGCUACACUGGCAAGAAGCGUCAAGACAUUUGCUCAACUGAACACUCAAGAAACGGUGGAUGGUAAGGUGCAAAUGCUUGCAAUGCGACAACAGCUCGAUGAGCUACAAGGCGCACUGUCCAGGGUUGGGGACCAGCGGCUGGUCCGCGAACAAAUGGAGAAAAUUAAACUUACCAAUCAGUUUUUGGAAGCGCGCAUCGAACGGGAGCGGAGGGCAGCUGUCGACUAUUAUAGUCAAUAUGCUCAGGCUUCUAGCGAAAGAGAUAACCUUGUGCAGGUUUUAAGUAGCAUCGUGAGCAGCCUGCAGUCAUUUGAUGGUGGAAAAAUACGCGAGUCAUUAGUUGCGCUAAAGCAAAGGUCAGAAGAAAUAGGGAAGCAGCUGGAAGCCGACCACCUCGAAAUCCGUGGUGCCAUUGAAGCUUGCCCAAGCAUCGAUUUGCAAUAA